GUCUGGCAUCACCGCAAUGACCUCUUUACCCUGUCCCCUUCCUGGCCUUGGUGCCUCCAACGUUGUCUUCCCGGACCUCGCCCCCGCCUCGUCGGUAGUGGCUGCUUACCAGCUUGGACUAUCCCCCGGAACCGCAGCUUCCCCCGAUUUGUCCUUCUCCCAGCACUAUGGCCACCUCCUGUCCUAUUCCUACCCUGGGCCAGCAACCCCAGGAGACUCCUACCUGUCCAGCCAGCAACAAUCCGCGGCGCCGUCUCGGCCCUUUCACCAGCCGACUGAACACCCUCAGGAACUCGAAGCAGAGUCAGAGAAACUGGCACUGUCCCUGGAACCCUCCCAGCCGUCCCUGACCAGGAAGCUGCGCAAGCCUAGAACCAUCUACUCCAGCCUGCAGCUGCAACACCUGAACCAGCGUUUCCAGCAUACCCAGUACCUGGCCCUGCCCGAGAGAGCUCAGCUGGCAGCGCAGCUUGGACUCACCCAAACCCAGGUAAAGAUCUGGUUUCAGAACAAACGCUCCAAAUAUAAGAAGCUCCUGAAACAGAGCUCUGGGGAACUGGAAGAGGACUUCUCUGGGAGACCCCCCUCCCUGUUUCCCCACUCUCUAACCCUCCCAUCCAUCUGGGAUCUACCCAAGGCAGGCACCCUGCCUACCAGUGGCUAUGACAACAGCUUUGGUGCCUGGUAUCAGCAUCAUUCCCCAGAUGUGCUGGCGCUGCCUCAGAGGAUGUGAGUCUGGAGGGAGGCUGGUCAGGCUUCAGCCCUCCUGUCAAGCCCAGGACCUGAGCACCUGCUCCCCUUCUGGGAGGAGAGGAAACCGGCUCCAGAUGGAUUUUCUCAGAAGUCAAGAAGCUGAAGGAGAAAAGGAAAAGAAUGGAGUGGAAGCCUGGCUCUCCAAGCUAGAGAGCUAAACCAGGGGAUUUAGACUGCCACCAUCUUGCCACUCCCUCCCCCUUCAAAUGACUACAGCCCCAGCACAGCCUAGGGUCUAAACCAGGAAGAAAACAAAUAUCAUUCCUGGCCUGCACCGUGGGGGUCCAGACAGCUCUUCCAUGAACAAAACCAGAAGUGGACACAGAGUCUCUGUUGGCCACCAUAAAGUCUCCGAUUUCCAUUUACUAAUUAUUGAUGGUGGCCCAGUGGUAGAGUAAGUGCUUAACAUGUAAGAGGCCCCAGCAUCAAAACAAAAACAUGGAGGGUGGGCCUGUGGGCA